AUGGAAACUAUUCCAGGAUUUGAAGUACCCAAUGUGGACCAGAAUGUGCGACAAAAUGUUAUGCAAGAGCAAGUAAACAGUUACGUUAUGUCUAAGCAUGUCAAAAUAUUAUUCAUGCCCAAUCCACUGAGAAAGCCGUUAAAGGAAAUUGUGAAGAAAUUCAUAUGCGACGUGGUAAAGUAUGACAACAAAGACGACAUAGCUCCUAUGGCUUGGUACCGGAGCUCAGGACAUAGUGGGGAUAUAACCACUUUUAGAGCAGAAGUUUCUUUUCCCUUUUGGGAGCAUUUUAUUGCCAAAGGUAGGAACAAUUUGUCGAACUUCAAUAAAGCGAAUAAUACCAAAAUAAAGCUGGUUAGGUGCCAGACAUUGAAAAGAGCAGAUAUCGAAAACUUAACUUUAUACCUUCGCCAAAAGAUUCGAAUCUACUGCAUCGAAAAGAAUAUAGUACCGCCAGACAUGUCAGCGAAUGGGGCUUUUUUAACGAUUAAGGACAAAAGGACGAACAAUACAUUGGUGAGUUGA